AGCCAGAGAUAUGGAACCAGACCAAUGACUGACUGCAAUGAACAUUGGCAAGUGAAGAUGUGUGGGGAGAGAGGUACACCAUCCAAGUAUAAGGCCUUUGAGCUGCACCUGAAGAAGUCUCCUGCUUAGUACAUCAUGACUUCCAUCGCCUCCUCUGUCAUAUUUGUCACAUCUGUUCGUCAUUGGUUUCCAAUUGUGCUCAUCAUCAUCAUGGGUUUUCUCCCCUCUGCCAUCAAGGAACCCCAGAUUAGGUCUCUGAAAAUCCUUCUGGUUAUUCGUGGUCUCAAGGUUAAGACUCACGACCUGGACCAAUUUUUGGAGGAGACUGCUAUAUUGGCUCCCUGGAUAUCCCCAGAGAACAUGUGGGACCCUGACCUCUGGAUGUGUGUUCUCUUCCUUGCCUAAAAGCACGAGAUAGAGUCUGGAAUUAUCCCUCCAUUAUUCUUUGUCUUCAUCCUCCUUGCAGUCAUCACCAGUCUUAAGAAUUCUUUCGCAGAGGAAGUAGUGGCUGCCCCUAACAAACACUGCCAGAAUCAGUGUCUCACACAGCAUAUCUCCGGGCAGCAUUCCAUAAAUAAGGCAACCCUCCAGGUGCUGAUGGCUCUCGAAAAUUCCAAUUGUGGCUUCCCAAGGAAGUGAUCAAAGCCUGGAUGGCAGAGAUGUGUGAGACCACCAUAUCGGCUGUUCCUUGUCUCCCCCUUGUGUGACAUGCCUCCAGAAUGAUAUCGCUUUGAGGGCUGAUAGUCAAUGACAGGGCUUUGCUAGCUAGCACCUCCGUGCAAAGCCGAGAGUCUGCGCCGCCGGGUGGGCAGGGCUCAAAGCACUUCCUCCUCCCUGAGCCCACGUCCUCGCCUCGAGGCCGGUCCAGCCCAGAGGCGCCAACCACUCAUCUCUGCUCAUUCCGGUGCACUUAGGCUCAACCCGGCCCAUCUCUGGCUCAGCCCCGCGCAUCUCUGCACAGCCUCCUCGCAUCUCUGCAAGCCCCCCUCGCACCCUCCUCCCAGCAGUCAAGAUGGGUGAAUCAAAUGAAGACAUAGACCAGAUGUUCAGCACUUUACUGGGGGAGAUGGAUCUCUUGACCCAGAGUUUAGGAGUGGACACUCUUCCUCCUCCAGACCCCAACCCACCCCGAGAAGAGUUUAACUACACUGUGGGGUUUAAGGAUUUAAAUGAGUCCUUAAAUGCACUGGAAGACCAAGAUUUAGAUGCCCUCAUGGCAGAUCUGGUAGCAGAUAUAAGUGAAGCCGAACAGAGAACCAUCCAGGCUCAGAAAGAGUCCUCUCAGAAUCAAGAUCGUUUUGCACUUCUGAGGGCUUCGGAUGGCCAGGGUACAGCCUCAGGAGGUUAUGGAGCAAGUGCUGCUGCUAUUGAUGUUAGUCACCAUGAGGAAGCUUUACCACCUCCACCCGUAGAACCCAUGCUAGACCUUCUGCCUCCUCCUCCUCCUCCUCCUCCUCCUGAACUUCUCUCUAAAGAAGAAGAAGAAGCCAAAGCAAAGGCUGAUAAAAUUAAGUUAGCACUGGAAAAGCUGAAGGAAGCCAAGGUUAAGAAGCUUGUAGUUAAGGUGCACAUGGAUGACAGCAGUACCAAGUCACUGAUGGUGGAUGAGCGGCAGUUGGCUCGGGAUGUUCUGGACAACCUUUUUGAAAAAACCCAUUGUGACUGCAAUGUGGACUGGUGCCUUUAUGAAAUAUAUCCCGAACUGCAAAUUGAGAGAGUUUUUGAAGACCAUGAAAAUGUUGUUGAAGUCUUAUCAGACUGGACAAGAGACACAGAGAACAAAGUACUGUUUUUGGAGAAAGAGGAAAGAUAUGCUGUGUUUAAAAACCCUCAGAAUUUCUACUUGGAUAAUAAGGGGAAAAAAGAAAACAAGGAAACCAAUGAGAAAAUGAACGCUAAAAACAAAGAAUACUUACUUGAGGAAAGCUUCUGCGGCACAUCCAUCAUUGUACCAGAACUUGAAGGAGCUCUUUAUUUGAAAGAAGAUGGAAAGAAAUCCUGGAAACGGCGCUACUUUCUUCUGAGAGCUUCUGGAAUUUAUUAUGUUCCCAAAGGAAAGACAAAGACAUCCCGCGAUCUGGCAUGUUUUAUACAGUUUGAAAAUGUAAACAUUUACUAUGGGAUUCAGUGUAAAAUGAAAUACAAAGCACCCACUGACCACUGCUUUGUUUUAAAGCAUCCUCAAAUUCAGAAGGAAUCUCAAUAUAUCAAGUAUCUCUGCUGUGAUGACGCAAGAACUCUCAGUCAAUGGGUAAUGGGAAUAAGGAUCGCCAAGUAUGGGAAGACUCUCUAUGAUAACUAUCAGCGGGCUGUGGCAAGAGCUGGACUUGCCUCUCGGUGGACAAACCUGGGGACUGUUGGUACACCGAUGCCAGCUCAGCCUUCUACAGUUUCCUCAGGACUUAAAACAGGCACCAGCCAGCCCAAUGGUCAGAUGCCCCAGGCCAUCCCUUCUGCAGGUCCUCCUCUGCAAGAGGCCCAGACACAAAUUGAAACGACUAAGGAUGAAAAGCAAGGCUUGGGUAACCAUUCCCCAGGAGCAACCAGGGAGAACCACCGUCCUAAGUCCAGCCUGCCACCGCCACCCCCUCCAGUAAGACGGUCUUCAGACACCUGUGGCAGCCCCGCCUUGCCAUCCAAGGUCAAGGGCCCUGGCACCUGCACCUUCCCCCACCCGCCGGAGAACUUCCUGCCACCUCCACCGCCCCCACCGCCUGAGGAGGACAACAGCGGGCUACUCCCGCCACCCCCGCCCCCGCCCUACCUGGAGGAGCCACCAGACUUCGUGCCACCACCCCCACCGCCUGCAGCUGUUGAAGACUCUGCAUUGCCACCCCCGCCACCACCCCCGCCCUGUCUCUCCCAGGAGAUAACUAAGUCAUCUCCGUUGCCCCCCAAAAAGCCCCUAGUCCCCCCCAAGAGGCAAGAGAACCAAGGACUCCCCGGUGCACCAGGGAACAGUGAGCAAGAUUUUAUGUCAGACCUCAUGAAAGCAUUGCAAAAGAAAAGAGGCAAUAUACCCUAGGGACAUGUUAGUAUUUGGGAUGCUCUCUAUUAAAAUUCAUGUUUUGGUACUCUAUUGUCAUAUAUCUUGUUCAUUUUAGUAAAAUGUUUUCCGACUAGAAAUAAUGUAAAAUCUCUUCACUGUUGUGCAUACUAUGUUCAUAGCCAUUAAGGUAGCCAUAUUCAGGGUUUCUAACUACAUAUAUCCAAGCACACCCACAUGUACAUCCUGUGUGCUUUCACAUGAUACAUUUUUGUCUUGCAGUCCAGGUUCACUGAAAUGAUAUUCUGGGUAUGUUUUCGUGUGUUCAGAAGGCUCAAAUUUUAAAAAUUAAAGUUUGUCUGAAAACAGUAUCUCUA